CGCGUCCGCGCCGCGUCUCGCAGCUGCUCCAACUCCCAGGCUGAGCGGCGCACUGUCUGCGGUUACGGUGCAGCGUUGUGUGCGGCUAAAGCCGCCACUAUGAACCGCCCAGAGAGACGGAUCUGUUGCCAAAGCGCUAAACACUGAAAGCAUCGAAGAACUGCGACGUCAGGGGGAGUAGUUGCGGCAGGAGGAAGAGGAGGAGGGGGACAGAGUUUGCUGCCACACUAAAGUGCGCUAUCAGCUGCUGAAGGCUGGACAGACGCGAGGUGUGGGGGACGCUGAUAGAGGGGGAGACUCGGUGGGAGGCGGAGAGGCGAGUUGAGGCGGGGGACGGAGACUCCCUCUUCGUUGUUGGCGGUGACCGUGGUACAGAUGGGCGCGACUUCCUCCAGCUGAGCCGCUGUUAUCGAUCCGGCCAGCGGUCCUCAGAUGCUGCUUCUGAUCGGCUGACAGUUGGAUAAGUCGCGUCCUGCGAAUGACACCCACCUCUCACUGGCACCAUGCUCCACCGUAACCUGCGAACAGGUGGAUAUGACCUGCCAGGGGUGGAGUCAAGCAAUGUGCCUCUCAUUGGCUACCGGCCCUUAUCACCUGAUGGUGGAACCCCAAGCAGCCAGUCAGGGAUGAGUGAAAAUUUGGAAAAUUCACAGGCGGAGUCCUCACCAAUGAAGACGACCUGGUACUGUCCUCUGGAUUUGUCCACCGUGGUGGAGGAAGAGGAGGAAGGGAUUAUCUACACUGUUGUGGUCAAACAGCAGCAUGUUGCCCCCAACAGUCCAGUGCCAAUUUCCCGUUCCCAGUGCGUAAAAGCAGGGACAGAAGAGAAGCUGGUGCUCCACCUCCUCCACUCAUUUUCCCUGGGAGAUUCCUCCUUCAUCUCCAUCUUCCUCUCCACCUAUCGAUCCUUCACCUCCACAGAGAAAGUGCUGGACAUCCUCACUGACAGAUUAGAGCACCCGCCUGGGGAGCGCGAGAGAAGUAUGACGAGACCAUCCUUUAACAAAGCGGUGUGUACUGUGUUCAGCACGUGGCUGUCGGAAUAUCCUGAAGACUUUAAGAACCUUGGGGAUCCUUCUCGGCUGUUGCGUCUGGCUCCUCUCGUACCUCAGGACUCCUCGUCUGCAGCUGACCUGCGAGCUCGCCUCCUCAGGAUGGCCGAGGAGCUCAGCGAGAAAGCCCUGCUCCCUGACAACCACAGAGGUCAGACCAGUUCCAACAGCUCUCCUCCUGAUCCUUUAAAGUUUGAAGCCACCAGCGUCCUGGGAUUCCCUGCAGGUCUUAUCGCUGAGCAGCUCACAAAGAUAGAAACUGAACUUUUUGUCCGUCUGGUGCCGUACCACUGUCUCGGCUCGCUGUGGUCUCAGAGGGACAAGAAAGGCAGGGAGGGCGUUUGCUGGUCUGUCCGGGCCACUAUACAGCAAUUCAACAAGCUGGCCAACGCAGUCUCAGCAUCCUGCCUUUGGCCGACGAAGCUGCGGAGCCAGCAGAGGGCACGGCUACUAGAGAAAUGGAUCAGCGUCGCAGAGGAAUGCAGAGCCAGGAAGAAUUUCUCCUCCCUGUACGCCAUUGUGUCAGCGCUGCAGAGUAACCCCAUCCACAGGCUGAGGAGGACAUGGCAGGAAACUGACAGAGAGGCCUUGAGGAGAUACGAGGAGCUGGCAGAAAUAUUCUCCGACAAGGACAACUAUUCACAUAGCAGAGAACUCUUGAAGGAGGAAGGCACGUCAAAGUUUGCCAACCUUGACAACAGGCUCAAUAACAAACAUUUCAACCGGUCCAACGCUCAGGGCACCGUGCCCUACCUGGGAAUCUUCCUCACAGACCUCACCAUGUUGGAUGCGGCAGUCAAAAACAGGCUGGAUAAUGGCUACAUCAACUUUGAUAAAAGGAGAAGGGAAUUUGAGGUUUUAGCUCAAAUCCGGCUCCUGCAGUCUUCCUGCAAAAACUGUGUCUUUAUCGCUGAUGAGAGCUUCUUACAGUGGUAUCACAGCGUACCCACCCUGACAGAGAAGCAAAGUUACAGACUGUCCAAUGAGAUUGAAGCACCCAGUGAGCCGAGUCCUCGAGCUCAUAUGCCAACGGUCAUCAUCACCCAGUGCCCAGACCUGAGUACCUCCCGGACCAGCCUGGCUGGUGAUGGCGAAAGCCCCUUUGACUUUCACUCUCCGGUCAAUAACUUUCUCUCUAAACUCACGAAGCACAUGAGAUCUCCGUCAGUGUCCUGUCUGGACGUCGACACAUCCCCUCCAACCAACGAGUCCACCCCUGUCGCGCUGACUCCAUCCACUCCCACAAAAUCCCACCGCAGAUCAGCAUCCUGCGGCAACAACCUCCCCAGUAACGUUCCAGGGUCAGGGCCCGACAUGCGGAUCAUCAGGAUACGGAUGGACCUGCAGGAUGGAAACUUGUAUAGAAGCAUACUGAUUUCGAGCAAUGACAAGACCCCCGCUGUGAUCAGCUCUGGUUUGGAGAAACAUAACCAGGACCCCAAACAGGCAUCCAAAUAUGAGCUGUUGCAACUUCUGCCUGAAGGAAAAGAACUGGUCAUCCCGGUGACAGGAAACGUCUUCUACGCCAUGACACCAUCCAGUGUUGACUUCCUGUUGAGGAGGAAAGGCAGAAACACGCCUGUUGGCUCACAGCCAGUCAAAACGGAGACGAGCGCCACUUUUCCUCGCAUCCAGACCAAAGGGAGGAGAUUGGUCCGGACGUUGUUUUGACACAAGCUUUGUCCUGUGUGGCAGUUUCUUUCUCUAUAAAUAUGACAUUUUCUGUGCAAAAACAAGAAAAAUCUACACAUGCCUUCCUUUAUUCUCCUGACCAAGUCUGUUCUGCAAAAAACCCACCAGGGACAAGUUGACACGUAUGUUAAUACAGCAAGGCGGCACUGCGUCGCGUUCACUGGAGCCAUCUGCUGCUGAGGAACAGUGCCAGUUCCCGAUUGCUAACCAGUAUGCAUCACUAUUUUAAACUGAGAGUGGAAGGUCUGGUGGAUGCCUUUAACUGAGAGAAUUUGUGCUUCUGCCUUGACAAGUAGCACUUGAUGCUUGUUUUUCAUUCCAACUCAGCAAGCAGAAUUUGUGAGAACAGAUGUGUAGCAAAACACUGAAGCAUGUCGAUGAGACAUAUAUAUAUAUAUACGUUUUGAAUAUAUUUCUGUGUGAUGAGACAAGCUCCUAAUUCAUUGGAUUCAAAAUAUGAAUGCCUACCUGUUACAUUCGAGAGAGCUCAGACAAAAUUGCCGUCUUUUCAUUUCAGCAUAAACAUAAAGCUGCAAUGAUCAGAUGUGCAUUUUUAUGUUGACGACGGCUCCAACAGAGAACUGUUACCAACACUGCAGCUCGUACCAGCAUUCUGGGCUCUCUUUGGGCACAUUGUUUUGGGUUUUACAGUCAGAAAAGUCUCUUCUCUGAUUGGCUUUCUGCACGCUCAUCCAGCAUCAUUCAGACUUUAUCAGAAGGUCGUCCAUUACCCAGCGAGCAAGACGUUCUUCCAGUCGAAGCUGUUGUUGACCAAAGCCAACCUAAAAGGAGUGUCUUAACCAUUAUUUACAAAAGGGGGGAAUUAUUUGUUCUGCUGGAUGUCUAUAGCACUGUGCAAAAAGGAGUCAUCAAUCAUUUCUUUGUUUUUUCCUUACAAACCGAUUAGACUUUCUGGUAAUCUUUCAAAGUUGUCCUAAUCAAUUGUUGUCUGAAUUUUUUUGUUGUCCUUUUUAUUGGAUUUUGCCUUUUUUCACUUAUUUCCAGUCUUAUGUCUGAGAAUUUUCAUAAGCCAUUUGUUUGUUAAGCCACCUAACUCAGACAUUGAAUCAUUUAGUCAUAAAAAAAGCUCCUCAACUUAAGGGAUGUACCAGAGUUGUGUCAACACUGAACAGACAUCUGAACAAAGAACCAAUUUCAGAUUUAAUCUACAGGGAACUGGGAGCCUCAGGGCUGUUUUAAAUGUUGGGUUUGUAGAAGAUUAUGGAUGGGUGGGUGGAUGAAUGGAUGGAGCCAGAUCACUUUAAAAGAUUACAGCAAAGUCUGGGUGCUUGGAAGGACAAUGUAAAGAAGGAGGUUUAAAACUUUUGCACAGUACUGUUUGUAAGUAGAUGGAUGCCUUUAAUUAAUAUAGUACAAAAACUGAACUUCAAAUGUCUCUAAAUUCUAAAGGACAAAACAAAUAAUUAUUACAGCUUUAAAAUGACUUCAAGCACUUUAAAAAUGUGUUGCUUCUCUUCAGUUUAUCAUUACAAACAGCAAGACAUUACAGAAACACGCAGCACUGACAUGUUUUAGCAUAAAUGGUUGUUAGUUUGGUUCCUCUCUGAGCUGUCUUCAUUUUAUCCUGAUUGGCCAGCAGCUUCGCAGAAUGGACCCAGAGAUAAACUCAGCUGCAGAGUAAAACCAAAGCCACAGUCCUGUGACCUCUGGUCGUGUGCAUCGUUCCCGGUGCUGAAGACGCCUCUAGAUUGGCUGACCCCCAGGAGGUGCUGAAGGGCCAGGGAGAGGAUUCUGGGUAAUACUAGAUGACAUGUGCAGCUGUGAUGCUGUUUCUAAUAACUGUUUUAGUGCCUUUUUCUGCUUGGUGCUUACCUUUCUGAUUAGAAUGUAUUCAGAACACAAACAGGAGGGUCGGCGCUGAUCAGUUUCACAUCAAACUUAUUUAUGCACUACAUGUCAGAUGUCCUAUUUUGUGGUAAUAAACUUACUUUAUUAA